GCUAUACCGACAUUUUCGAUCCGGUCCAGCGAGGGGUUGCAGUCGCGAUAUCUGCGGCGAGCACUUUCAUCGGUACAGUUGCGGGUCCCAUUGUUGGCGGCUUUGUGACAAUGUCGUACCUGGGAUGGCGAUGUACAUCUUGGUUGACACUCAUCAAUGUCAGCCUUCUUCGGGAUUAUAGGCUAUCUUCUGGUUCCUGAGACCUUUGAGCCCGUUCUACCAACAACAAAGGCCAAAAGAUUGCGCUUACAAACUAAGGAUUGGGCACUUCAUGCCCCCGCGGUAGAGCAAAGCACGGAGCUUGGGGAUAUCUGCGAGCAAUACCUCCUACGUCCUAUAUUGAUGUUGUUUCAAGAACCAAUCCUUAUACUGGCUACUCUGUAUAUGGGGUUUAUAUAUGGCUUCCUCUACCUCUGUUUUGAAGCGUAUCCUAUCGCCUUUCAAGAAAAUCGUGGCUGGAAUGCGGGAGUUGGGGAGCUACCUUUCCUUGCUAUCACGGUUGGUGUUCUGAUAGCCGUGGGUAUUAUUAUCGCAUUCACCAUUUCUCGCUUCAAGAGGAUCAUCAAUGAACAAGGAUCAGUUCCUCCGGAAGAGCGGCUCCUACAGAUGAUUCUUGGGGGCGCGGUGCUUCCCAUUGGAAUGUUUGGGUUUGGGUGGACCUCGAACAAGUCAAUCAUCUGGGUUCCAGAGGUCAUUGCUGGCGGUGCUAUCGGUAUUGGAGUGCUACUGAUCUUCUUGCAGGGCCUCAACUAUAUUAUCGACGUCUAUGAGAUGAACGCGAAUUCUGCGAUCACAGCCAACACUCUCUUUAUAUCUUGUCUGGGUGCCGGGUUUCCCAUGUUCGCAACGGCAAUGUUCCAUAAUCUGGGGGUUCACUGGGCCAUGAUACUCCUGCGAUGUUUAACUGCCAUUUUAUUCCCAAUCCCUAUUCUUUUUCGCAUUUAUGGUGCCAGAAUCCGCAAAAUGAACCGGUUCAGCCCGGAUGUUUGAUGCUCUCAGGGAGACAACAUGACACUGGAGGGCUCUUCAACUAGGUUUCGAAAAGCAAUAGCCACCCAAGCCCGUCCUUGCAAUGAUUGUCGAUGCAAGCUAUGGUCUAUUUUCUUUCUUCUGUACAGGAAAACAUGGA